AUGGAUGCAUCGCUACCUUCGCCACCCGCUGUGAAUGCAUUGCGUGAAUCAUUCGGGGAUCGCAAACCACCGGACAUUACGCGUAAAAUAACAGCAUGUGUGGCAUGUCGCAAACAAAAAAUCAAGUGUCAUAUGCGAGACGGCCAGGCGCCAUGUUCUCGAUGCAAGAAAAGAGGCCUACCAUGCACCGUCAACAGGAGUUUACAGACCCUACUAGAAGAGGAUGUGACAUGGAAAGGUGCCAUGGUUCGCAAGAUCCGGCGACUUGAAGAAGCCAUUGCACAGAUUGCAGACAAAGUCGAUAUACCUGAAUUGAAAAAUCAACCUGAGGAGCAAUCAGAGUCGCUAGUUCCGCCCGUGGAUCUGACCAAUGCAGAGUCAUCGACCUUCAGUCCUGAAUCGCAGCACCAGACCCAAGCUCAAGUUCAGGCUCCGAGUCAAUCAAGGGAUGAUCGUGAACUACCUCGGACUUGGGAAGUCGUCAUGGAUCCUCGAGGUGGCCCGGCUUCUAUCCCGGCUUCAUGUCUUUCGGAUAGUGCAAGGAACGCGCUACCGAACGGUUUACCUAACACGCGCCGCCCAGACUUAAUAUCGACUGGAUUGAUUACCUUACGACAGGCGCUGGCUUUGUUCGAAGAAUACCACCUUCGGCUAGAUCACUUUUUGUAUAGGAUACUGGGUGACCACAUUAGCUUGGACUCGGUUAGAGUGGCUUCGCCCUUGCUAACCGCAGCAGUCUGCACAGUUGGAGCCCUUCAUUCGCAGUCACUGGGCCAUUUAUUCGACGUUUGCUACAAUGAGUUCAAGAGUCUGGUCUCAACGCAACUCUUUUCUCGAACUGCGAAUGAGGAUGACAUCAGGGGCUUGUGUAUUGGGGCAUUCUGGCUACAUGAACUAUCCUGGGCAUUGAUUGGAAAUGCUGUACGAGUGGCAUCGGAUAUUCACCUCCACAGUGGAAUCUAUAAGGCUCUUAAGGGAGAUAGAGAAGGCUACCUUCAGGUUCGGCUAUACUACCUUGUCUAUGUUUGCGACCAUCAUUUCUCGAUCGCAUAUGGCCGACCGCCAAUGUCUCACGAAGGAUUCAUCAUCAAAUCCGCGUCUCAGAUGCUGCAAACGGAGCAUGCAACCGAAGAUGACGCUCGACUCAUUAGUCAAGUCCAUGAGUGGUCGGUACUAAGCCAAGUAUUCGACACUUUUGGCGUGGAUGUAGACACGGCAAUUGCGCCCCAAACAAUACCUCAGCUCCGUCGAUACUCCAUUGCAUUGGACACGUGGCUCGCAGAUUGGAACGAAAGAUUUAGAGAGAACCGCAACGUGGGCAAUUAUCCACAAAAGGGAGUGGGCUUUCAUUUCCACUUCGCCAAACUCUAUCUCUGUUCUCAUGCAUUCCGGGGCAUGCCUGCAGUCGAAAAUAUGACGGAAUGGUUCACGCCUGAAUUGGAAGAGAUCGCCAAUGCUGGUGUCCUUUCAGCCAUGUCCAUACUCCGUGUAAUUGUUUCCGACGCGGAAUUCCGAUCCUUCAUGAACGGGUUACCACUAUAUUUUGAUACCAUGCUCGCGUUUGCAAUGGUUUUCUUGCUGAAAGUUGCCACGAAAUAUGCCACGGCCAUUCGCAUCGACACCGGCAAGAUCUUGUCUUUGGUCGCACAGACGGUGGCUGCAUUGCGAGAAAUAACCCGGACCAUGCACCGGCAACAUUUACUCGUUGUCAUUGCCGAAGGUCUUGGAAGCUCUUUAUCACUCUUCUCCGAUGAUGGAUCCAAAUCCUCAGUUCGAUAUGGGUUGGAUGGAGAAUAUGGCGAGCUUUGA